UUAUUCAGCCUUUCCCUUUUCACGGAAAGAGUCUUCCAAUCCUCAUCCUCGCUCGUUGGGCUGUAGAAGCCGCUGUAUUCUACAAAAUCGACACUUAAAGCUAUAAUGGAAAUAAAUCGAAGGUUCGAUGAAAAUGAGCGAUACAGUCGAAUCUAGCUACGGCUUUUUCAGCCGCUCUUUUCUUGUUCCGGCUUGCAACUGAUCUAAUUACGUCAAAACAACAAAGUGGAAUACAAGCGAAAGCGCUAGCUCAACUAGCUCGAUAAAAUAUGACUUCUGAAAGUUCUCUGGAUUAUGACAAAAACUUAUCCCGAUUCAAGUGUCUCAUUCUGGGAGACUAUGGGGUGGGUAAGACAGCUUUCUGCGAAACCCUGUGUGCUUCACAAGAGGCGCUGAGGGUCCGCGGAGCUAUUCUACAUCCUCUUGUCUUAGCGACGAGUGGAGGGCCGAUUUCACUAAUGCUGUGUGAACCGGCGGGCCAAGAAAAGUACGGAGAGCUUGAAGAUGAUUUUUUCCGUGGGGCUGACUGCGCCAUACAUAUGUUCUCUGUUGAGUCACGCCGAUCUUAUGACCGCUUAUAUGGCGAUAAGAAAAGACUAAGUGACCUGUGUGGAAAUGUCCCGUCCGUGCUCGUUGCAAACUUCUGCGAUGUGGCCAAGCCGAAAAUAAGAAAAGUGAUGAUACAAUUUCACUUGCACUACAAUAUACCGAUGUUCGAAGUGUCGACUAAGGAAAACUUAGAUUGCCACGUGCCACUGCUUUGGCUAUGCAAGGUGCUUAGACACGAUCCCUGCUUAACAUUUACGGUUCCGCCGGCGGCUGCACCUCGUAUACCAAAUACCGAGGAUAUACCGCCACUUGAAGACGCAGAUGCUUUGAUGGUAGGCUUCACCCAGGAUGAAGAUUUUGACAGGGUGGUCUUCAAGCAAGAAGCUUUUGACAGGUUUCCCACUGGCCUCGCUAGAAUCUCCUCAGGUACACUUAUUAGCAAUGAAAUGGUUCGCACCUCGAAACUGAACGCGACGCGUCCAUCACUGGCUCGUUGGUAAUAUAUGGCUGUGGCCAACCGGUGAAACUUUACAAAAACCUCGGUAAAGUUCGAUAUGGACAUACGAGUAGUGUUCUUCUUCUGAGGGUUCGUCCGGUCUAUGAGUUCCAGUGCGUGUGGCCGACGUGAAUUGGGUAAAGCUGGUAUAAAAAGCGGUUUCUUAUUCCAACGGGCCCAUUUGGUCGCAGGACCCGCAAGCUACUCCUCAAGUGGUUCCAGUUUGGUCGCACGGCUACCACUACUGGUAGUAGUACUACAACACUCCUUCCAUUCUCCCGAUUUUAACUCCCAACUCUGGUCGCCCAUUUCAGGGCUUCUUUCGAGCCGCGAGUCGCGUCUCGGAUGCGUGACCAAGGACCGUAAAACUUUAAUUUAACACUUGAGUCCAAGGGGUUUGAGAUCGAGAGAAUGAGAGCAAUAGCAGUCGAUCUAUGUGCGGGUGAGCAACGAAGAGAAUUCGCAAGGAAGAGUAACUCAAAUCUUGAAUCUUUUACCUUGUAUUUUCUUUUUUGCUACCCAUCGACAGGCAGAGUUACCAGUCUCUACCGCUAGUCUACGGAUCUAUAAGACCUGCUAUUCCGAAAUUUGAUAUUCCAAACACCGACGCUUGCCUACUCAUACUCAUUGCGUGGUGACCUCGGCUGCUUUUAGCUGUAACUUGGGUUUUAUGACAAUCUCUAUAUUAUAUACUUUGACCUGAUUAAGGCCCCCUCCCCCAAAGGAAUCCGUCUUUCUUCUCCUCAACUUAAUAACAGAAGGUAAUGCGGGACGAUUCCCGUGCACUAAUGAAAUCGACACUUCCUAUGCGCUAGCGAGAAGUAGAGGAAACGCACUGUCACUCAACGACAGUGGCCACAAACAAAGGAAAAGAGAAAGAAAGAAGAGGCCGCGACAACACCGAAGACGACAAAAACGGGUAUAUGUGCGGAUAGUGUCAUUGAGGAAAAAGGAGGCCGAUAGCAGAGUGUACACAGGCAUCGUCGUCGCCUCCGGUGACUUGGGUUGCCUUGGAUGGGUAUUUGAUGGGGAGAGGCUGAGGCAAAGAAGAACUGGGACGCAACGUGUCGACGCCCGCUCAGCUUUUUCGCUUUAGUUCACUCAUCAUCAUGGCUUCCCACCAUUGGACCUGCUAGUCUGGACCGCAUUAAUUAGUAAAAAGUCCCGUAAUAAAUCAUGGGCCGCUGCUAUUACGGUUGCAUCCGUUUCUAGUGCUACUACUACUACUGCUGAUGCUGAUGCUGCUUCUUUUAUGUGCCUGCUCUGGCCGUGACGCCAUACAGUGACGUUCAAUUGCCGUCAUUCGCUAUGCCGGCAUUUGUCGAGCCCAGACGACAGGCAGUACAGCAAUCAUAGUACGACUGUGUUUUCGAGUCUGUGGUCCUGCAUGCCUGUCGUCAACUACGCUUUCACGGCGCACUCGACUGCAUUGCAAACCCUGUUCACUUUACUGAGACAGGAAGGCGUAGUAAAUGAAUACACUCCGAAAUGCAUUUUAAACAUAGAUGGAGACUUAGCUACGAAUUAAAAAUCUUUCAUUUCGAAUCCUUUGCUAUACAAGCGCAACUCGGAUGAGGAUCUCUCAAGAAUGACAUUGUCGACGCUGAAGUAGCAGCGAUGCCCAGCCCCUUCUACCAACGCCUUUGUGUACGCUUGAAGUGCCUCACUCACCCUUCACCCCAUUAAUCCUAGCAGUAUAACGCACCACUUCUGGCGGUUCGGUCUAAGAGCUAGCGUCGCUAUCUUUAAUGGGGCAUUCCUCUCACGGAAGUCGGCUUUUCGCUCUAUCGACGGAGAGCAACUCAAACCCUUUUAUCGAUGGCGCCUCAGAGGAUGGGUGGCCUGAUUUGGUAACGUUCUUUUUGUUAUGCAAUAGGUCCAGGCUUUCGUGCGCCCAAUGGUGCAAAGAAACGCUGUGACGUUACAGUUUAUGCCGCGAUGUACACAGCCAUUGGCCAUGACAUCGUUCGGAAAUGUAUGCGUAUAAGCAUGAGUAUGCACUUAUUGUGUGCAAAAAGCUUUGCCCGAUUAUGGAGAGCCGAGUGUAGUCAGCACCAAUGAUGAUAAUGAUGACGACUAGGAGUAAACGAGGCAAAUGGUUGUUUGUUAGAAGACAGCCUAUUAAUGCCUCCUACAUCUCUCCUGCUACGAGAGAACGCCUUACAUAUGGCAUGUACGUCGGAUGACGAAGUGUGUCGUAGAGCUAUUUGUUAGCAGCCUGAUCCUCGAUGGCGCCGAUCGACUACAAGAAGGUGUCCGCCAAUAUGAAAAAUGGUUGCGGACAUCGAAUACAAAGGAUUUGCAACUAGCCGAUGACAAACAAAGAGACGUAUAUAACGCUGGCCCUAGUAAGGGGCCUAAUCGCUUCAGUCCUGCACACUAGAUUAUUGUAGGGGCAUUGCAGGUUGGGAAGGCUGCAGCCCGAGUGUACACGAAACACACGAAGGAUGUUUCCUUUGAUGAAAGCGUAUAUCUUACCUAGCCACGCAAUGCCUUUGAUGCUAAAUGACUGAGAAAUGACUUGUAAGAAACCAAAUACUGCCAUCAGUCAGCAAUUUCUUCUACUUUAGCAUAACUUGUCAGUAGAACAAUAGAAUACAGGUUAACAUGGCUGGUCAGUUCAGCUUGCCACGUGCCCUGUAAUAAUUGCUUAGCUCAGGUAGCACCCGUGAUUUGCUCUUUUCGGUUCAGGCCUUACUCUAUAGACUGUACACCUUCUAUCGGUUUCUGCUUUCCUACUACCUAACAUUUCACACAGAACAGCCUUUGUGAGCAAUCCACGCUAAAUUAGCUCCGGUAAUGAUUGUUUAGAUUGCUCUUCGUACC